CUUUCUGUUCCUUCUGCUCUUGCCCUCUCCACACAAGUUGCUCCCUAUCAGUCAGCACCAGGAACACUGAGACACAAGAGACUUUCUUAGGUCUAGGGGCCAUGUUACCUGUGAGAGCAGCAAGGACAAUGACAGGAGUUAAAGCCAUAGAUGUGAAGGAAAUCUCAAUCCUGAUGAUACUAAUGGUGUUCAUUUACUUGCUGCUUCUCUUCUGGGAAAAGGAACCAGAUGAGAAUAUAGUGAUGACGUCCAUAGAGCACUUGAAUGUGGAUUACCCAAAGAGUAAUAUUCCUGUGAGGUACUGCAAUGCCAUGAUCCUGCAAAAGAUCAUCAGAGAACCCAAUCACAUGUGCAAAAAGGAACAUGUCUUCAUCCACGAGAGGCCCCAAAAACUCAAUAGCAUCUGCCUUUCCCCCAGGAAGAUGACUUGCUUGAAUAAUUCUAACAUUUUCUGCUUCCAGAGUGAGACAAAGUUCAAACUGACAGUCUGCCAUCUCGUCGAGGGCACAGCAUAUCCUGGUUGCAGGUACCAGGCUUCCACAGUGGAGGGGCAUGUGCUUGUCACUUGUGAUACCUUGGGGCCAAUUAAUUUCCAGGGAUAUGUUAAGUGACUUGAGAACAAACCCUGCAUCUGCGGUCCUCUUGUUCUCUUCAAGCUGUCCUGGGUCUGGUCAUUCCUGCAGAAGACCCGACCUGGGGACACAGGAAUGAGGCCUGAAGCAAGAUGUUAAUUUAUCUUUCCAGUACUGCUGAGCUGGAAUAAUUAUAUUCUGUUUCAAUAAAAUAUAUAUACUGAAUUAAACUGUAAA